UUGGUGGGACUGCUGGCAUUUGUCACUUUACCUAGGGAGUCAUAGGCUUCUGAGAGAGCCUUGGCUUUCUUGGUUGCUUGUGUGCUUGCUGGGGAGUCACACAGAGGACCUCUAGCAUAGUGCUUGGGUGUUUAUUUGCUUUAGUGUUUUAUCAAGCCCAACUAGUCACUCAUAACAUGGGGUGGGGGGCACUAUUCCAUCAUCUGUGGUCACCCUUCUCAUGACAGGGUUAACAUUGUUGAGCUUGACAUGAUCCAGCUAACUGUAGCUACUUACACGGAGUCUCUCCCUUCUUCAUGGUGCUUUGGGUCAGGAAGGCUGGUCCAAGCUGUUUUCUGUCCACCUGUGCCUUCAUCACUCUUCCUCAUCACGGUGGCUAGGACUGUGAACACCACCAACGGCUGUGAGAAGUCCAACAGCAGAGCCGACGCUUUCCACACAGAGCGUAUCUGGAUAUAGACAGAAUGCUGUUUAAUCAAGGAAUGUUGUUGGGUUGAAAUGAGCAGGGCUUCCCACAAACUGUGAAGAUAUUCCUUCCAAGACUCUUCCAGUCUCAGCUCUCCCCAGACGCCACAGUCUGCAUCCACAUGGGACUUGCCAGGUGGACAUGCCACCUUUGCUAUGCUGGUUGCUGUGUGGGGUACAGCUAAGACUUUUCCCAUUCACUCAGCAGAUGUUCAGAUUUUCAGCUGGAUCCUGGCUACAGAAGGAAGGAAGUAAGGCCUCUGCUGCCCUUUCAGAGUUCAUCUUAGUGGGCGGGGCAUGCACUGACACACUUCCCACAUAGGAUCCCACUGUGACCACAGAGGUGCUGGGGCGUUCUCUGUGGGGUCCUGCUUCCUGCUUCAGACUGCCCAGUGCCUUGUCCAUCUUCCUCUCUAACACUCUCGCAGGGCAGCUGGCUUUCUCUGUGUUCCUCUCCCGACUAGAGUGCUAUUGUUGGUUGUUUUUGCUCUUUUGGGGGGGGGCCGCCACCCAGCUCCCAAAUAAAUCACACCCAGAGGCUUUUUCUUACUUCUCAGUGUCCAAUCUUAGCUUGGCUUGUUUCUUGCCAGCUUUCCUUCACUUUAAUCCGUCUACGUUUGCCUCUGGGCUGUUCCUUUUCUCUGCAGGUGUUUUAGACAGGCAAAGUAGCACAGAGUUAAACAAAUCAACAUCAACAAAAGUGACACACCUUAAAAUAACAUUUCCCAACAGAGUGUGUGUUGACUCCUUUAGGCAUUGAGACAGCCCGGUUUUGGAGUAAAUCUUUGAGUACCCCCUAGUGCCUGUUACACUAUUGUGCUUGUUUUUAAAUUGAUCUAUAUAUCUUGUUCUGUACAGAUAAAUCUAGUACUACGUUAUAAAACAGUAAUCAAAGAAGUUAGAGUUGAAGUAAUUGUUGGAGAAGAAACAGGUAAAACCAGGUGCAAAAUCAUUUGCCUUUUGUAAAACCUAAGGUAGCAAAAGAUUUCUGUUGUCUGCUGGAAGAACUCCAGAUCUUUUGACGCUUGGUUUCAUGGUCUUCAGCACAAAGAAGGAAACUGCCAUUGCUGUUCUUUGUGGAUUGGACAGAAAAUGGAAUAAAAAGGAAGUUUACAGUAGUUCCCAAGGACUGAGAACACCCGGAUCACCCUGUUUCUCAGUAUAGUUAGUUUGGCAACCUCUACAGAAAGCCGCUUCCUGAGUGGGUGCAACAGCCUAACCUGUGGUCCUAGCACAGGGGAGGUGGAGGCAGGUAUGUCAGGAAUCGAAGCCAGCCUUAGCUACAAUAGUGACUUCAAGGCCAACUUGAGCUACAUGAUACCCAGUCUCAAAACACGAACCAGAAAAGCCACCUCAUCUCAUCCGUCAGGAAUUUCAACUUUCCCUGUGAUGGUCUCCUGUAAACUUCUAAACCCCACGGCCUCUUUAGGAACUAGAAAUCCAUUGUCGUUAUUCUGACCCCCACCCCCCCAGGCUCUUCCUCUCAUCAGCCAAGAAUACUUUACCUUUCUACCUUAGUUUUUCUUAAGCUUGCUUUAUAAAAACAAUGCCCUUUUCUUGUAUGUAGUUAAAGCUUGCUACCGAAUCUGACUUUCAAACCGUAUAUCCUGUCUCAGCGUUUCCAGCAUGCUUCUACCCACUCUCAAUUAAGAAUCACUUCUCUAGAACCAUCACUUUAAUUUCCCAUCUAUUUGGAUUGGUAAAUCAGGCUCUAGCUUUAAUUCAAAGACUCUAGUUAGACAAAUUUGUAUUCAGAACUUAACGUCAGACAAGUAAAUUAGCUGGCAUCAAGCUUUGAUCAAAGCUCUCAGCCUGACAACUUACUUAAGCCAAGAACAGAAUGCUGUAGAAUUCUUUUCUCAGAACUGGUUAAGAAUUGAGGUAGAGCCAAGUGUGAUGGCGCACGCCUUUAAUCCCAGCACUUGGGGGGCAGAGGCAGGCGGAUCUCUUUAAAAAAAAAAAAAGAAUUGAUGUAGGUGCAUUGGCAUUUUGGUUUAGGAACCAAGGUGUCACAGGCAUGUUGGCAGGGCCAUGCUCUAUUGUGUGCACACCCUGAUCUCUGCUAAUGAGUGAACAUUUCCUGGUAAUGGACUUCAGGCUUUGCUUUUCCUAAGAGCACACCCGGUGCUCCGCUAAGAAUGCUUUACAGUUUAUAACAACUUUGAUUCUUUCCUAUUUAAUGAGCGCUGUGCAUGAGGUCCCUCCACUCCUGCAUCUUCUCAGUCGUUUCUUCCUUGUAUUUGCCCUCCUCCUUUCCUACUGGGAGGGCCUGGGCUUCCCUUCCAGGAUCUUUUUGCGGUCUGUCCAGCUUUAGCCUGGUGAUAACCACCUUGCUGGGGUGGAUGCCCGUGUGGAGAGGUGUGCCAUUAACCUUUUCUCGCCGACCUCUUCAGGGUAGGUGACACAUGGCUUCCUCUACACCUGGACCACCUUGCCAGUCUGCUGCCUCUGCAGUGCCCUCCGACAAGCGGAACGUCAUCACCUUUUCAGAUGUGCAGAGAUCAAAGGGGCACACACUUGGGGUUCGGCUCUCUUCCUAAAGUGAGAGGGUGUGCCAGCGUUUAUCUGCUUUGGUCAGAACCCGCAAAGGGACUGAGCUUCGUUUUGGUGGCAGCUGCCCCGGCCAUGACUGCAAAGGAAGAGCUAUUGUUCCCUAUUUAACAAGUCUCAGAAUAACCUGUCUUACCGAGGAGAGACACCAGAGUUCGGGAUUUGCACUGGGUCUUUGCAAGGUCUGUGCACAGCAGAGGUCUGCUGCUUUGACUGUGUUACUGCCCUGGCUGCCAUACCCCGUCCUACCUUUGCGAGCUGAACGGGCUCUUGCAGCAAACCUCUUUGCAAAGCCCCUCCUCAGGUUUGCUCAGAUGAUCAAAUCUCUUAGAAGUAGUGGGUUCUCUACCAGAUUCCUACGUGUGAUGGAGCACACAGCCCAGCACUGGAGAGAUUGAAGCAAGAGGAUUUUUGAGUUCAAGGCCAGCCUUCAGCUCUACAGUGAAUCUGCGUCUCUAAGAUCCAAAGCCUUUUUUAAAACCCUCUUUGGGGUUGAAAGUAUUACUUUGGUUAUGUAACUGUCCCCUUAAAUGCAUCAACACUCUAUGCAGAUAGUUAGGAACGCUGCUCAGCUGGGUAGUGGCUUCCCGGCUUUCUCUUCUAAGCCGUGAACCGAGGAUGUGUUAGAUGGAGCUGAUCUUCGGUGUAAGUGAACUUGUGAGAACAGAACUCAAGGCCGCAGGGUCUCUCCUAGGAGAGCAGUGGGACCGGAGAGGUAGUGCCCACUAGCUCUGCUCCCUGAGAACUCAGACUGCAGUUGGUACUGAAAUGAUAGCAUGGGAAAACAGGAGUGCAUGUUAGGGGGACUGUGUCUGUUCUCACAGCUUUGGGAGCGCGAGGCAGUGCCCCAAAAGUGUCCUGACAGAACUGAAGGCUGACUCUGGGGAAAUGUCUGGGCAACUAACUCAACCUCUGGGGUGAUCUUUGCCAGUAACAUAAGAGAGAAGCUUGUCAAGUAAGUUCCUUCAAGCGGUUAAGGAAAGUAGCACUCACUCAACACUUCCCCUUGGUUUCUACAUCCAUGGACCAAAGAGACAGUCUGGGAGUGUGAUGGAUGCGGAAGAGAAGGAGGGGAUUGCAGAGGGAUGAUUAUUACGGGAAGGUGGUAAGAGCUAUAUCUGCACACCAUGGCUAAGCUGUGACAAGAGAGCAGAGAGGUGUAAAUGUCAGGUUGGGGGUGAGAAGCAAGGAGAGUGAAAGGAAAAGCCAAGGCCAGAAAUGGACUGUCAUUGUCCCGUGUGCCACGCUCCAUAACCUCAGCGUCACAGCCUCAGAAAGCAUCCCUGGGACUGGGAGAUGGUUCAGUAAAGUGCUUGCCUUGCAAGCAUGAGGCCCUGAGUUCAGAUUUCCAGCACCCACAUAAAAAUCCAGGGUUGUUGGCCAGCACCUAAAAUCCCAGUGCUGGGGAGCUGGGACAGGAGGAUUCCCAGGCUUGCUGACCAGCCAGUCCUAACUCAGUAAGCACCAGGUUCAGCAGGAGGCCCUGCCUCAAAAACUAGGGUGGGGGUGGGGAGAUGACUUGGCAGCAAGCCCAACCUAAGUUCAGAUUCCCAGACCCCAUGUGAAAAACUAUGUAGUAUCACAUACAUGUAAUCGGGGUUCCUGUGGCAAGAUGGGAGAAUAAUCCAGAAGCUCAUCGGUCUGCUAAACUGGAUGACUUGGUGCAGCAGCAGAAACAAGAGAGUCCUGCCUCAAACAAUUCAGGAAGAAUUGACCCCUGAAAGUCGUCCUCUGGCCUCCACAUGUGGGUGUUCGUGCACACACGCACGCACACAACACAAAGGUGGAGGACAGCUGAGGAAAAUGUCCAGUGUGCUAACCUCUGACGUCCACAAGAACAUCCAAGAUCCCCUUCUGGGAUGGUGGGCCAUAGGCCUGCCAGGCCUUGCUCAGCUAGCUGUGUGGGACUUAGGACAGCGAGUCAAGUACAGUGGCUCACACCUGUAAUCCCACGACUCGGGAAGCUGAGACAGGAGGAUUGUUAUAAAUUCAACUCAGUCUGGUCUAUAGAGUGAGUUCCAGGACAGCCAGGGCUACAUAGCAAGAUCUUGUCUCAAAAAAAAAAAAAGAGAGAUCAUCUGUCAUGUCCCACAAAAGAUCCAAGACUUCACGCCCCAUUCCAUCCAUCAUUCCUUGACCUAGUUUCCAAUGAGGUGAAGUCUUGGUAGCAGGGAGUCGGUGCCCCCUCCUGACCCUCUCACAGUGCUCCAAAUGUUGGUGUGCAGUGAACAGUUAAACAAAAAUAAGGGGGUUGAAGCACGUAUCUGCCCCUGCUCAUUAAGUGAUGCCAAUGAUGGCUGAAGGUAUUUUCCAAGACCAGUUAAGACAGCUCCUCGCGAAGACAGAGUGCUGCUCCUUAACAAAUCGUUGUGCUGGAAAAUGUAAAACUAUUAAAGGUAUAGGCAGUGUGGUUAUUUCCAUUUUACAAUAGAAGAAAGCAUCACCUGGCCCAGCGCUCUGCACUGCUCUGACCCAUGAGGCAGGUCUGCCUCCUGCCUCUAUGAUAGACCAGGCGCUCUAUGGUACCACUCCUCACUCCCCUCUACCCAUCGUUUUAUCCCCAUUCUGGGCACAGAACUUUUCCAGGAUACCCAAGUGUGUGCUAUUUGUGAGAGAGCAGAGAGGUGCAAGCAAGGGUCAGAUGCCUUGAGACGGAGGAGGUGACAGAAUUCCUUUAUGUAGUUCUUCUGCUAGGUGACGCCAAACACCCACGCUGCCAGGAGCAGGACCUUUUGCUCCACUUUAGCCUCAAGGAGAAGCUUUAAGGGUUGAUGUAACGACAUGAUGGCAGAAAGCUGGUGUUGGUGGCCAAGGAGGGUCUUGGGAACCACCUUUGCUGCGGGGCAGUGCCACACGCCAGGUUGCACACGAACGCUGGUGGGUUUCUGCCAAAACUCCAGGGAGACGGUGCCCACCCAGUGGCUUUGGGGGCGGGGCCUGCGGAAGGCGGGGCUCCGGGGCGGGGCGAACUCAGCGCCUCUAGCAGGCUCGGCUCCGACUGUAGUUUCAAAGACUGGAAGGCGGGCUUCGCGAACUAGCGCCCGAGUGCCAGAGAAGAGCCCGCUUGGCACAGCCAUGACCCGGCGGGCAGGGGGCUCUCGGCUGCUCCGCAGUCUCCUCCUCUUCGUGUUGUUCACUGCCGGCGUCGCUCCCUUCAAUUGGGAUCUCCCGGAGCCCCGCAGCCGAGCCAGCAAGAUCCGAGUGCACCCCCGGGGCAACCUCUGGGCGACCGGUCACUUCAUGGGCAAGAAGAGUCUGGAGCCCCCAAGUCUGUCGCUGGUGGGGACAGCACCUCCCAACACCCAGAGGGACCAGAGCCUGCAGCUGAGUCAUGAUCUGCUCAGGAUCCUUCUGCUAAAGAAAGCUUUAGGCAUGAACCUCAGUGGCCCAGCUUCCCCAAUUCAGGAGGCUGCUGCAGCCAGUCCUGAAGAAGUGAUGCCAGUAACAGGGCAGACACGGCCCCUUGGCUUGGAAUGUGUCCGUCCGGGGAAGCUGCUGAAUGGAACCCCAGCCGUGGCCCCAUCUGGAUGUAAAUCCUAAGCUCAAACGCGUUGCUCCAUUACUGUGAUUUCUGGUUGGGUCACCAGGAAUGUUGAUGAUGCGGACACAGAGUCUUUCCUGCUGUAUUUCUUGCUUCCCUGGUGAAGUUGUGAAUAAAAAUACUGCUCUUUA